UCUCCACCUCUCUCCUCACUUUCUCUCUCUAAUGACCUCCAUGAAAGAACCACCUCUCUCUCGUCGCAAAAAGCCCACUACUACCAACCACACCCAGCAGCCCAAGAAGCUCAAGCUCGUCUGCAGCUUCAACGGCGCAUUCCACCCCCGGCCGCCGUCCGGGAAGCUCCGCUACAUCGGCGGCGAGACCCGGAUCAUCUCCGUCGACCGGAACGUCGGGUUCUCCAAGCUCCGGUCGAAGAUUGCCGAUCUCUCCCCCAACAUUGCCUCCUUCGUCAUCAAGUACCAGCUCCCCGACUUCGGAUCGAGCUCCGGCGCCGCCCUGCUCGUCCGCAUCGACUCCGACGACGACGUCCGACGCAUGGUCGAAGCGUUCGAGAAGCUCGAGAGCUACGGUAAGUCCGCCAGACUCUGGCUCUUUGUUUGUAGCAAUAGCAAUGGUUAUAGUAACGGAGUCGGAUCGGGUCAUGGGGUUGGGUCAGUGACCCGGACCCGGGUGGAGGGUGAGAAGGCGGCGGUUAAGAAACACGGCGAUGAAUCGCUGAGGAAGAUGGUGUUGAAGCAGCAAUUGCUGGCCAAGCAAUCGGGUUUGGUUCGUGGGUUUGGUUUUAGUGAGAGUGAUAUGGAAGUUGGUGGCUUGGGUGAGACUAGGAAAUGUGAGGUGCAUGAACCUCUGCUUAUAGAUUUAGACCCUGAUCGUGAUGAACCGAAAAUGGGGGAGUUGAAUUCUGGCAACGUGGCUCAGUUUUCAGUGGCUAGGUCUAAUCCAUUGAACCUUAGAGAUGUGAAUUUGACGGUUGAUCAAGCUUUGGGGAGGUCUGGUCAGGUUUUGUGUAAUGGGGUUGGGGUUGAGGUUGGGGUGGCUGAUCAGUCAGUCUCGGCAAUGCAGGGUUUGGAACCGGUGAAUUACUCCGGUGUGAAGCCGGGGUGUAAUGGUUGUGAUGUUAAGAAGGAUGUGGGGAAGAACGGAAUUGCUAAAGUGAACAGAGAGAACAUUAUGCCUUGGGGAGCCAGUUGUAAUUUAGUGAAGGAUGGUUUGAGUUGUCAUUCUUGUGGUGAUUCUCCGCUGGAAACUGUGAAUCAGUUGUAUGCCGGCGAUAGGGAGUGUGGUGGCAGCAUUAGGAACCAUAGGUUUGGCGCGAAUGAUACUAGACAUCAGCGGUAUAAUCCAUUUUGUGUUAGGAACCAUAAGAGCAACACAGCUGAGAUGGGGAACCAUCUAACUGUUAGAUUGGAUGGGAGGCGCCUUUCGACAAGGAAAUGCUUCCUUGGACUUAGGCCACAUAUGAGCAUUGCAAAACAGGGGCAGUCUGUGAGAGUGUAUCAUCCCAAUUCAUGCAGGCAUUAUGCCGGUUUUUCUGAGGAUGCAUUGGCAGAAAGGGUGAGGAUGAUGAAUUCUAGCUCAAUCAAAGACAGGUCCUUGAGUGGUGUCCAACAUACUAACCAGAAGCGAAUUAAAGAGUAUGGCCCUGGACUUUUACAGCAUAUGAAUGUGAAUCCCAAGGAAUAUUGCUUAGGUUAUUAUGGUGCGUUUACUAGAGUGGGUGAUCAAUCACUCUUGAACUGUGAUGUUACUGACAAUUUGUUUCCAUCUGUGAGGACUAUGGACACUCAGGAAAAUCUUGUAACUGUUUCUGGUUUUGGAAAGUACGAAAGUGUUCAUGGAGUGACCAGCAAAUGCGAGCCUAUUCAUCGUGAUCUUGACAAGGAGACAUGCCUGAAAGACAUUGUGAACGGUCGUAACACCUCUGGCACUAUUGAUAAUAAGUUGCCUAAUGAGGAAACAGUCAUCAAUUCUUCAGGCAAUUCUAAAAAUGGCAGUAAUGACAUGCAAGAUUUAUAUAAUGGAGUAACAUGUUCGGUGAAUAUUUCUUUGCGUAACCUUUCACUGUCCAAAGAAGUGGAAGGUCCUCAGCUCUCUUCUCAUGCUAGCUGUGUGGUGACUUCUGAUACCUUGCUAAAACCUCAAGAUCUCAGGGAUGAAGGACAAUUUAUCUUGGGUCCUCAAGUCAAGGAAUCAAAUGGAGUUGCAUCUAAUCCUUCAUUCCAGAAUUCAGCUAAGACAGAGAAAUGCAGUGUGCAUGUUGAGGAGGUCCGACAGGACUCUUCAUCUAGUUUAAGCUUUACCGAGAAGGCCAACCAUGGAGAAAGUCUUAAUUACUCCAAAGUAAUUGGUGGAACCUCCAACGAUCUGGCUGCAUUUUAUACUCAUCUAGCCACUCGAGAGCUACAGACUAUCAAAAACUCUGACCUUGAGUUUAUAAAAGAGCUUGGUUCGGGCACAUAUGGAACAGUUUACCAUGGGAAAUGGAAGGGAUCUAAUGUUGCCAUAAAAAAGAUCAAGCCAAGUUGCUUUACAGAUGGCGUAUUGGAAGAUCGAUUGCUUGCUGACUUUUGGAAGGAAGCUCAUAUCUUAGGUCAACUUCACCAUCCGAACGUUGUGGCAUUCUAUGGUGUAGUGACAGAUGGACCAGUGACAAAUUUGGCAACGGUGACAGAGUAUAUGGUGAAUGGCUCCUUAAAACAAGUUUUGCGAAGGAAAGAUCGGACUAUUGAUCGUAGGAAGAGGUUGAUAUUAGCAAUGGAUGCAGCCUUUGGUAUGGAAUAUCUUCACGAGAAGAGCAUAGUCCACUUUGAUUUGAAAUCACAUAACUUUCUAGUGAAUAUGAGGGAUCCUCAGCGACCAGUAUGCAAGAUUGGUGAUCUGGGAUUAUCGAAAAUCAAGCAGAGGACACUAGUCUCUGGUGGCGUACGAGGCACAGUACCAUGGAUGGCUCCAGAACUUUUGAAUAGCAACAACAAGAACAAUUUGGUGACAGAAAAGGUUGAUGUAUAUUCAUUUGGAAUUGUUAUGUGGGAACUGUUGACUGGGGAGGAGCCUUACGCAAACUUGCGCUCAGAGGAAAUAAUAGUUGGUAUAAUCAAAGGCAAUCUCCGUCCUGAAAUACCAAGCUGGUGUGAUCCAACAUGGAAAUCAUUGAUGGAGAGAUGUUGGUCAUCUGAUCCAGAAUCUAGGCCACCCUUCUCAGAAAUCUCAAAGGACUUGCGUGCAAUGUCUGCUGCUUUGAACAUCAAAUGACACCACUGAAGCUGAGCCAAGCCGAGCCACAUACUGCCUCGGUCUCUAGUACUAGGGGCUAUAGAUCAUUAGAUCGCUUAGUGUAAAUAUUUUGGGGCAGGCUGAACAACAAUAAGUGCACAUGCUCAGACAUGGCUUAUUUUUGCCAGCCACUGUCAUGUGCUUAGAGCAUUAGGGAUGGUCAAGCUGGGUGAAAUUUUUGCAAUCACCGGUUUGUAAUACGGUAAUGACUAGCAUUACAUAUAGCGUGCUGAAGUACGUGAAAGAACGAGCUUCAGUAGUUGGAUUGUCCUUGAAAAUUCGUCACUUGGGUGGAACAAGAUUGUUGCCUCUGUAAGAGGCUGAUAGUUUCUUUGAGGAUUUGCAAUGGUCCUGCACUGUUGCAUUUAACUGUACAUAAUCCUCAUCAGAGUUCUAGUAGGAAGAAAAUCUGAUUGUCUCAAAAAUUUGAGGCAUUUGAAAAUGGCCUUCAAUUUAUGGACAUUGAAUUAUCAGGAAGUUUUCCUUGCUGUAAUGUGAUGGUCCUUUUUAUUAG